AUGAGGCCGGCAGCAACGGCAACGUCUACCGGUGUGUCAGAGUGCAACAUCUCCGGACCGGGCAGUAGUGCAGCGGCAUCAGUGGCGGUCCACGUAAAGUCCGAGCAAGUCCGGGCAGGGUCAGGACCGGGCGAGACUAAAAUAUCUGAUUUCAAGACGGCAAUCAACGCGCCGCCAAGCAUCGCCGAAAUGCCCCACACCGGCCAAGCGGGUGUCAACCAGCUGGGAGGAGUGUUCGUCAAUGGUCGACCCCUGCCGGACAUUGUCCGACGGCGAAUCGUCGAGCUGGCACUGAUGGGCGUUCGACCGUGCGACAUUUCCCGGCAGCUUCUCGUGUCUCAUGGAUGUGUAUCGAAAAUUUUGACCCGCUUCUACGAAACAGGAUCGAUACGGCCCGGUUCGAUCGGUGGCAGUAAGACCAAGCAAGUGGCAACGCCGACGGUGGUGAAGAAAAUCCUACGCUUCAAGCAGGAAAAUCCGGGCAUGUUUGCCUGGGAGAUCCGGGAUCAGCUGCUUUCCCAGCGGAUAUGCGACCCCAACACGAUACCAUCGGUAAGCUCGGUGAACCGGAUACUAAGGAACGGCGGCAUGUGGACGGACGAUAUGACUUCGAAUGAACAAAUGCUCCGAGAGUCGUCUCACUCAUCUGCCGCCUAUAUGCAGUCCAAAGCAAUGUCCACUCACCCGCUCUACAGUCAAACGCUGGAACAACAUCAAGCCCUCCUAAACCAGUAUCGCUACAGUAUGGCCGGUGUCUCUCCAGACCACACGCCGAAACAUCCCAACAUGCCUCACCAUCACUCUCCGUACGGUUCUCCACCGGGAGCACCAGGAUCGCUAGUCCAAAGGACAGCGGCUGUAAAUAUCAUACAGCACGAAAGUCUCCCACCAACCGGAAACUCGAAGCCCGCCGAACAUCAUCACCAACAUACGUCACCCCAUCAAACGCAAUCCUUGGCAGCGGGACAUCAUCACCCUCUUGGCAAACCAUCACCCUCAGUCAGCAUGCCCGACCUGAGCUCCCCGAAGGGGACCGACUCAAAGAGUGAACCAUCGUCCUCCACCCGUUCCACUCCUACCAGCGGCACUCCGGUGUCAUCGAUCGCACCCACCACCGCCCAGAUGCCCUACCUUCCGAAACAUUGGAUCUGGAACACGAGUCUGUUUUACGCAGCGAAUCGUGGACAGACCGUGCCGGGAACGGAUCCUUCCACCGCGACGUCAGCAGCGGCCGCGGCUGCGGCAGCAGCAGCAGCCGCUGCUGCAGCCUUCCCUCAUGGGUACUUCACGUACGGCAAUCCCUUCGGUGGAGGGGCAGCAUUCCAGGGACAGAUUGAUCCCAGUUUACGCAGUGAUACGACCGCUUCCAAUGCUUCAUCCUCUCCGGUGCAAAUCACCGACGUUAACAGUGACGACUCGUCCGACAACCAUGACGAUCUAAGGACAUCCAUCUCGAAGAAGCGCAAUCCGUACUCCAUCGAGGAGCUGCUGAAGAAGCCCGAAAGCAAGAAACAGAAGAUCGACGAUCGUGUUACCAUCACCUGCGUUUCGGAACCGGGAGGUAAGGCGCAUUCGGAUUCGCUGCUUGAGGACAAAUACCAUUACCACUGCUCACCGUCCGUGUCACCGUCCAAGUCGUGUCCCUCACCUUCAGCCACACCCGUCACUGCGGGGCGUUGUAAAUCUUCCUCCGACUACCGUUCGUCCUCAUCGCCACAGUCGGUCGGUGAGGACUCGGAAGGCUGCAGCAUUGUUUCGGCCGUCGUACGCUCCAAGCUAACCGAUACCAAUAGUGAAAAUAGCAUCAACAUAGAAAUUUGUGAUUAG